GCGCGAAUACGAAUGUCAAUAUUAUUAUCAAAGCAAAUGGCAAUAAAUAAUUAUUAUUGUCAGGCUUAUUUAUUUGAAGUUUGAACAUAAAAUAAGAUAUUUAUUAUGAUAUAAUAUAAUAUUUAUAAGUUCAGUAGCACUGAAACAAUAUUAUCAUGGGACUCAUAUAUACGUGAAAUUCAAAUGAGAUAGUAGAGUCUUACCUUAAUUGUUAGUUUAAUUACUAUGGGUAUAACAGGAUUGAUACCUUUUCUUGAAAAAGCUUCUAGGAGUGCAAAUGUAGGUGAAUUUAGUGGAUCUACAGUAGCAAUCGAUAGUUACUGCUGGCUUCAUAAGGGCGCCUUUGCCUGUGCUGACAAAUUAGUGCGCGGGGAAGAGACUGAUAUAUACAUAAAAUAUUGCAUGAAAUAUGUAGAAAUGUUGUUAUCAAAAAACAUUAAACCUAUACUAGUGUUUGAUGGGAGGCACCUUCCUGCAAAAGCAAUGACUGAAUUAAAAAGGAGAGAAUCACGUGACAUAUCAAAGAAAAGAGCAGCUGAAUUGUUGAGCUUAGGAAAGACUGAGGAAGCCCGAUCAUAUAUGAGACGCAGUGUGGAUGUGACCCAUGCUAUGGCACUUGGACUGAUCAAGGAAUGCAGAAAGAGAAAUGUUGAUUGCAUUGUAGCACCUUAUGAGGCUGAUGCCCAACUAGCCUACCUCAAUAUUAAGAAUAUUGCACAUUUAGUUAUUACUGAGGACUCUGAUUUAACUUUGUUUGGAUGCACCAAGGUAUUAUUCAAAAUGGACUUAAAUGGAACGGGCACCCUAGUAGAGACAGCUAAGUUGCCAUUAGUAAUGAAGUGCCCAAUAGAGAGGUAUUCAUUUGACAAGUUCAGACAGAUGUGUAUAAUGUCUGGAUGUGAUUAUCUGUCGUCUCUGCCUGGUAUUGGACUGGCUAAGGCCAGGCAGUUUGUAAUGGCAACACAGGAUACAAAUUUCGCUAAUGCUCUCCGUAAACUGCCCAGUUUCUUCAACAGAUUAAAUUUAGUAGUCACAGAUGAUUACAGAGAAAGUUUCCUAAAAGCAGAGGCCACGUUUAAAUACCAAUAUGUAUAUGAUCCUCUUGAGAGAGAUAUGGUUCGGUUGACAGACCCAGGUGACCCAGAUAUAGAACUAGCUCUAUGUGGCAAUGCUGGAGAAAUAUUAGACCCCAGAGUAGCGUACCAACUGGCUUUGGGAAAUCUAGAGCCGUUCACAUUGAAACAAAUGGACAAUUGGGAUCCAGACUAUCAUAUUACCAAUGGAAGCACAAAAACAAAACGGUGGAAGGAUCAACAAGUAGCCCCACAUCCAAGCAUAUGGGAUCGUAGUUUUAAGGAGUAUUUGAAGGAGACGAGUCCCUGGAAAAAGAAAGUAAAAGCAUUGGAGCCCAUAAUAAGUGUACCUCAAACUAGAUGUAAGAAGAAAGUUGUUAAUCUAGUGACUAAGUAUGUCCCGGAGACACAGGAUGAAAGUCUAUCAAUAGAAACCCUUAGCAACAUGUAUUGUACUGAACCGGUCAGUAAAAAACAAAAACUAGAAGAUACAUCGAGCCAAAAUGAAUUAAACAUUGCCAUACUUGAAGAAAAUGACAAGGAAAAAUCACCAAUACUACAAAAUAAAGAACGCUCUUUUAAUAAAUUUGUUAAAAAUGGUGGCUACUCAGCUUUGAAAAAACUUAGCAAAUUCCCCAGAACUUUAUUAGAUGAUAAUGUAAUAGAGAGUAAAUUUUUUAGCAACGAACAAAGAAUUAGUGAGUCUCCGGAAAAAUCUUGUGAAUCCUUACCUGAAGAUAAUAUGUGUAAUGAUAGUACAUUUUGUGAAUCAGGAUCUUCUCAAAAGGAGAAUUCACCACACAAUAGCCCGAUUAAAGAGUGCAAGAGUCCUGUAUUGAAGCCUAGCCCAAUAAAUAGGAAUCCAUUUAAGGUUUCACAACAGUCAUGUCUGUUUGAUUCAGUUAUAGAGAACACAUAUCCAAUGGAGGAGUUGGUUACACCAGUUGAUUCACAGCUAAGCUUUGGAGACUCACCUCCGCAACAAUCGCCCGAAACAAAUUUGGAUUAUAUAAAGGAAACGAGUGGUUUGAAGAAGACCGAGGUCAAGAAGUCCUCAUGUCGGGUUCCGGGGUUGAAAAGGACCAGUUCUUCAAGCACUCAACGUUCGCUGCCGAGUAACCAGCCUACAUUGUUGAGCAUGUUUGGUUUUCAAAAAAAGUCUGCUUUGAAGAGAUACUAGCAGUAAAAGCCGUAAAACUAGUAUUUAAGUAUUGAAAUAACAAGCUUUAUUUUUGUUGAGAUUGUAAUUUAUAAAUAUUGUGGAUGACGUAUUUUGUUAAUUAUGUGACCUGAAUAAAUAAUGUUUAAGAGUACAUAUUAUAUAAA